AUGGCGUCGCACGACGACAUGGGAGCCGCUGGGACCGGCGGAGAUCAAGAAGAGAAGAAAUCACAGACGGUGUCGUUUGGCUUUUCUAGAACAGUCAGCAAAUUUAAACCAGUGACUGCAGAUUCUGCCACAUGGAAGGAGGAGAGGGAUUAUCUCACAGGAAUAGAUCGGAAAGAAUUACAAAGUACAAAGCCACAGGAAAAGCCCAAAGAACUGAUCAUUCCCUUGAUCCAGAAGAACUACUGGCAAAAACCGACCAGUGGAGGGCAAAAUGAGGCUAAAGCCAAGAAAGGGGAAGUUGUGAGCCAGGAGCCGGAGUCUGUGGACUCUCAAGCUGUAAGGGAACUAAUAGAAGAUUCCCGGAGGCAGCUGGAAGAGUGGCAAAAUGGUACAGAAACAGAGAAGCAUGUUGAUAUGAGUAUCCCCUUGCUGAUGCAAAACAAAGUACCUGAUGGUUUUGAGGAUGGCGAUCAUGUCAAUGUGGAUUUAAGGCCUGAAUCUUCCACAGAAGCAGACUAUGAGACUGUGCCUGUUCAAGCUUACGGACUUGCGAUGCUGAAGGGGAUGGGCUGGAAAAAAGGCGAGGGAAUUGGACGCACAUUUAAGCAAGAUAUAAAGCCAAUUGAGCACCAGCUCCGACCAAAGGGACUGGGCCUUGGAGCAGAUCGAUCAGCGAUCAAAGACUUGGAGCCCAGUAAACGCAAGCGACCUCCAAAACCUGGGGAGGAGCGUGACAAAGAGGAGGAGCUCGUGAUGGGGCCUGGAGGCUGUGUGCAGGUGCAGUCGGGAGCACACAAAGAGCUCUAUGGAAAGAUUGAAGGCAUUGAUGCAGAUAAUGCUCGAGUUCUGGUGAAGCUGGCAAUAGGCAGCAAGACUGUAACCAUCAGCCAGUACGCGGUGAAACUGGUCGAACGGAAAGAGUAUGAGAAAUAUAGCAAAGAUCUCAGUCGCCUCAGUAAAGCCCACAAGGAAAAGGAGCGAGAGAAGGAAAAAGAGAAGCAAAAACAAGAGCGGAGGAGCGCAGAUGAGGCCAAACACAGAUCUUCAGAGAAAGACGAGCGAAAGAGGAAGCAUCGGGACUCGAGUCAAGACAGAGACAGGGAUAGGCCAUCAAUCAAGGAACCCAAGCGACCCCCGGCUCCGCCUUCUUGGCUCCAGAGAGACUUAAAAGUUCGUUUCAUCGAUAAAGCAUUUAAAGGGGGAAAGUACUACAAUUCAAAGAUGCGCAUAGAGGACGUUCUGACACCCAGCAUCUGCGUAUGUCGAACCGAAGAGGGGAGAUUGUUAGAUGACAUAAAGCAGGACAUGUUGGAGACGAUGAUUCCAAAGAGCGAGCAGGAGUUCAUUAUGGUGGUCCUGGGUGAACAUAAAGGGCAGGUCGGGAGGAUCCUGCAGCGGGACAAGAACAAGUGCAAAGCGAUGGUGCAGCUCGAUCGUUAUGAAGAGAAAGUGUUCACGUUGGACUAUGACAUCAUCUGCCAUUAUAUCGGGGCCACAGACCAAUGA